ACCGGAACCGGUCAUAGUCUUCCGAGGACCACCGGACAGGAACGGCAAAGUUGUCCCAAAACUCGACGAUUUUCGAGGGAAAAACGUGAUAGAAUGUGUUGAAUUUGGUUUGGUGAAAAGCCGUUUUUCCGGAAGUUUAUGUUCAAUCUACCACAAAGUCUUUAUCAGUGAGUGCCAGAAAGCCCGAAAGUUUACACAAAUGCUGACGGAUAUUGUGACCAGAAGAAGAAAAACAUUUCGUGAUACCUUCCGAGUUACAGAGUGAACCAGUAGCUAUCCGAAAGAUGAAACCGAACCCCAAAAUGACCCAUCAACCAGUGGCGUGUCUAACGAUUGUUUUGCUUUAUUGUCUUUUAUCGGUGGCAGCGAUAUCGUGCGAUUCCUGCGGUCAGGAGUGUGCUUCAGCAUGCGGGACCCGACACUUUCGCACAUGUUGCUUCAACUACCUUCGGAAACGUAGCUCAACGCCACCGCUUGCGGCACCGCAAAGCGUUAAUGCUGAGUCCGUUUCAGUUCCGGUUCCCGGGAAAGGUUCGGACAGUUCGGCGGAAUCUUCCCCGAACAAUAUUGACUUGAAUCAACAACAGCAGUGGCUCAUCAAAUCCUACCUUCAGAAGUACCGAAUCCCUUGGAGUGACAUGGAUUUCCUUGGAUCCGGUAGAAUUAUGGAACCGAGCAGCGAAAACGAAGUCGAUUAUGGGGAGGCACCCGGGAAAGACAUCUGGAGCGCGAAAAUCAUUGACGAAGCUAAUAACAAACGGAAUUAUAUCGUAGCUAGUCAUGGAAGUCUCAGCGGCCGGUUCCGGUUGCCAUUGCGAUCGUCGGCCAGUGAUGAAGCGGACGAUUACGAUGGACGCAUUCCGGUGGGUGUCGAAAAUGCGGCAAUCACCAGGCCUGAAAAAGCACGUGGUUAAAACUCCUAGACAUCAGCGACUUCUCAUCGAUGAUUGUGAUUCCUCCAAAAAGGCUGGGUUGGGGGAAUUCCGAUCACCGAUACGCGAAACUACACCAGGGAACGAUCUUUAUUUUUACUCAACUCAUGUUACGAACUUUGUAAAAAAUAAAUCUGAAGAAAUGUACAGAUUUUGAAACGGGAAACGAGUCUUAUUCCAAUCAACCAGAGAAAAAAAAACAAACAAACUGAAAAAUGUGACAAAUAUCUCAACAAAAGACACUCACUAGCGAUGUGUAUAGCAAUUCUCUAUGAUUGUAUAUUUUGUUUAGGAGGCAUUGUAACUUAUGAAACUAGAUGUAACUACUGAAUUACUGUAUAAAAGUCAAGGAAAAAGAAUAAAUAAAAGCAGAGACAGUUU